AAAGUGAAGGCUCACGUAAAUCCCGUUAGCACUUCACCUUUACCCCUAUAGCUAGAAUACAAUCAUAUUCAUUUGAGACCAACCAUAUAUUGAUUCAUGAAGUUUUUCUUCUCGGAGCUUGGUUUUUGUUUCCGCGUAACACAGGCAACGGAUAUCGUCUGCGAUGAUGUCUCAACCACUCGUCGACGCCUAAGGCAUGAUAAAUUCACCAAACACUGGAAGCCGGAGCUCUCAGCAAUUGCUGAGGACCGGGGCACGCGCAGACAGAGCCAUGAAUCCGUCAGAUCCGAGAAGAAACCGUUGAACAAAACCAGAUCCACUGGAAAAGCUCGAUCGCAUUCGUAUAGUAGCGGUGAUUACAGGAAAUUUACUCAGGCAAUGGUGAUUCCCGCUUUUUCUCCGACUCCGUUCGUCUUCUGAUUAGGAUGAUAGGAGACGCUUGUUUCUACAUAGUGUCUGUAUAUUGAAAUUUGUGAAUAAUUUUACAUUGGGUUGUAAUUAAACUAGUAAGUUGUCCCCCGCGUUGCUAUGUAUUUGAAACGUAAGGUAUAUCGAAUUUUAUCGUCAAAUAAAAAAGUACUAUAUUUGACUCGA